UAAUGUGUCAUUAAUUGAAGCGCAUAUUUUUAUAAAAUUUAUGAAGCUAAAAUUGUUUGACAUCUUAAUAAUUAUAUCCUAUAGCAAUAAAUUUCAUAUAACAAAAUUAUUAAAAUCUUUUAUUAUAUGAGAAAGUCAGUAAAUGUAUGUUUACAUCAAUUUGUGUGUAUAAAGUAUUCUAUAUAAUAUAAUUCUAUAUAAUAUAAAUAAAUUACAAAUAACUUCACCAAUUCUAUUUGAAAGUAAAAUUUAAUUCAUGAACAUCAUCGUGACUCUGUGAAAAUAAGUAAUAUUUAACAAUGUUUAAAUCAAACCAAGAACCUGACAUACCUGCAGCUUUAGGUCUCUUGUCACAUUUAACAAACGAUGAACUGAAGGAAUUAUUAAACGACGAUUCAAAAUUUGAAGACAUUGUAAAAGAUGUAAAGCAGUUUAAAAAUUUAGAAACAGAAAAAGAAUUGUUAAUGGCAAGUAACACAUCUCUGGCAGAGUUUAAUUUAGCAAAACAGCCAAAAUUACAAGACAGAAAACAGAUGUUAAAGGAACUCAGUGAAAAAGGAAGUAAAUUAUGCAUAAGUGUAAAAGAAAAACUGGAUGAAAUAAAAAAUAAGUCUGGAGAAAUGACUACUGAUACUGCGUUAGAUUUAUUGCAAACAGCAGCAGCUGAAAUUGAAGAAGAAUCAGAAACUAUAGCUGAAAAAUUUUUGGCUGGAGAUAUGGAAGUAGACGAAUUUUUAGAGCAAUUUUUAUCACGACGAAAAUUAAUGCAUCUACGCAAAGUCAAAGUAGAUAAAUUAAGGGAAUUAAUAAGAACAUCACAUACCACUGCUAGUGGUUCUGGAUACCCAAUAGCUAGUAAUUUUCGAAGUAUAGCACCUGCAAUUCCUUAUCCAACUGGACCCGUUUCAAUGCCAAUGCCUGUAUCAUCUGGCUUACCACAUUAUAGGCCGUAUUAAAUUCAUUUGAAUAGAACGUAAAUUUAAAGUAGUUAAGUUUUUAAAUAUUAAAUUUUCACUAAUAUAUAAGAAAUAUGUAAUUUUGAUUAACAAUAAUUUUAAGUGAAUAGAAAAUACAAUAAAAUAUUGUAUAUUUAAGUGAUAUUCAGCUAUCAUAUUAGAUUUUGUAAUGUUAUUGUAAUAUAUUAAAAUAAAUUUCAUUUUCUGAAAUAAAUAAUAUCGAAAUAUACAA